UAUUGAAUUGUUUGAUCAAAUUCUAGUGAUAGGAAAGAGAGAGAGGAUAGAGUCAUACAAAUAAUUUUCUGAUAAAACUAUUCAAACAAUUUUUAUAUUUGUAAUUAUAUUUAUGUUAUCAAUUGAAAUUGUUUUAUAAUUAGUUUUUGUUGUUGUUGAUUAUCUAUUAUAAUUAUAUAAUAGAUAUUUUAACACAUAUAUUUUAAAUGUGGGAUAAUAUGCUUGAUUUAAAUAUAAUCAAUAUUUUCCUAAUUGCCAUCGUUUGUCAACAAUUUAUAAUCUGUAUUGCUCAACAAAACUCAUUGCUGGCCAAUAACGAGGAUCAGUCCGUCGCAACUAAACAACUCUGGACUAAACAAUUGACAGAUUCUUCCAUUGGAGUUAUAGGCGAUCCGUUACCAUCACUGGACAGCAGCCACAAGAGUUCAUCACCGGUCAUACAGGCAAAACAUAUAUCAUGUUAUGAAUGCAACUCUUUUAUAGACCCGGACUGUAUAAUUCAUCCGGAAAAGUUUGAACGCAACUGUACCAAUGGUUUUGGUGGAUCCAACUUUGUCGGGUGCCGUAAAAUUGACCAAUGGGUAGACUAUGACGACGGUCCAGAACUAAAGAAACACCAUCGAGUGAUCCGCCAGUGCGCUGCUGAUGGAGACAUAUCCAAACCGUGCUAUUAUCGGGCCGGAUAUGGCGGCAGAACUAAUGCUUGCUUUUGUGAUACCGAUCUCUGCAACUCCGGUCAAAUGUCGACACCUUUUACGACAUUUUUAUCAGUUUUGUUAUCACUUAGUUUGCUAUUAACAAGAAAAGUCAUAACAUAGUUUCAAAAUAUAUAAAAUUAAUUAUAUAGUAUUAUAAUCAUUAUUAAUCAUAAUUUA